AUGAGCGUGGCGCCGCUGCGACUCAUCUCGGUGGGGGGGUCGCUGGCGGUGCGGGUGUGCCACAACCGGGAGGCGUCGUACGACAUCGACUGCAUCCUGGACCCCAACAUCGCGGCGGCGACCGACUACCUGGUGGAGCUGCAGCGGGCCAUCUCGGCGGUGGCCGAGCAGGGCGGCUACAUCGAGGACUGGCUGAACCGCGAGGUCGAGCUGUUCGUGUCCAAGGACCGCCGCAUGGACCUGUUCCUCGAGUCGGUCCAGCAGGGGAUCACCAUCUACGAGGGCGCCAACCUGGUCAUCUACGCCGGCCGCCUGAGCUGGGCCCUCGAGCGCAAGGUGCGCCGCAUCGCCCACGCCCGCGACCGCCGCGGCAACAAGGACGUCGACGUGUCCGACGCCGCCGCGCUCGUGCGCCUGAUGAGGCGGGCCGGGGAGCCGCCCAUCAGCUUCCGCUACAUCCGGGAGCUCAACCUCAACGGGUUUGAGCUGCCGCCCACGGACGAGGCCAUCCAGGAGGUCGCCGAGCUCUACGCGGAGAAGUACGGGGAGGUGGGCAUUGCGGACAUGAUUUGGGAUGCGGACACGGCCAAGUGGAAAUACCAGGGUCUCCAGAACGACUGGGUGUGGUGCUGA